GAUACCCGAACGUGGCGGAGAAGCGCAUCAGUGUGCUCCAUAGCCCUAGGAACCGUUGUGCUCGGGUGUGUGUGUUUCCGGCCGGACAGGUGGUGCUGGUGCCCCGGUUGGGCCAUUGAAAACUAAAGGACGCUGCAAGCCGGGAAGCAUGUCCAGCUUCUCUCGAGCGCCUCAGCAAUGGGCCACUUUUGCACGAAUGUGGUAUCUCUUAGAUGGCAAGAUGCAGCCCCCUGGCAAACUUGCAAUCAUAGCAUCAAAAAAACUUCAAGGAUUACAUAAGCCCGUGUACCAUCAGCUGAGUGACUGUGGAGACCAUGUUGUCAUAAUCAACACAAGACAUAUUGCAUUUUCUGGAAACAAAUGGGAACAAAAGGUGUACUCCUCACAUACUGGCUACCCAGGUGGGUUCCGGCAAGUAACCGCUGCGCAGCUUCACCUGAGGGACCCGGUGGCGAUUGUGAAAUUAGCUAUUUAUGGCAUGCUGCCCAAAAACCUGCACAGAAGAACCAUGAUGCAAAGGUUGCAUCUUUUUCCAGAUGAGGAUAUUCCUGAAGAUAUCCUUAAGAAUUUAGUGGAAGAGGUUCCUCAGCCGCGGAAAGUACCUAAACGGCUGGACGAGUACACCCAAGAGGAGAAGGACGCCUUCCCGAGGCUGUGGGCUCCACCUGAUGAUUUUCGGAUGUAGGAGAAUGAAAAUGGUUGAAAAUAACAGCAAGACACUGAAUGCUUCAUGAGGUGUUCCCAUGACCCACGACAGAGAGAAAACAACCCUGGAGGUCACUGUGGGGAGCACUCCAGAAGCCUCGCCUCA